GUGAAGACUUGCUGAGUGUAAAUGCGGGGGACCAGCCAGAACGUGCUGAUGAAGGAGCAAUGGAGAGCCCGGAAGAGGAGGUCUCCCAAUACGUUGACCCAGAAGAACCUUCUCGACAUUGGCAGGGAUCUGGUCAACCUCAGAGAAGGUCUUCAGUGGAGAAAGGAGAAAAGGGCAUUCAUUGUGACAGCAGCGAGCCUUUUGGUAGAACCUCAAGCCCACAGAGAAUCCACACGACGAACCGAGAGGUUCAUGAGAAGGUGGGCAAUGAUAACUUCCCGAACGACUCAGAGAUCAUUCAGCUUCAGGCGACUCACAAUGCAAGCUUGCCAUAUAAAUGCUUGGACUGUGGAAAGAGCCUCAGUUGUAGCACCAGCCUCAUCCGACAUCAGAGGAUCCACACAGGAGAGAAACCAUACAAAUGCUGGGAGUGUGGGAGAUCUUUCCGCCAAAGUUGGGGCCUCACGAUUCAUCAGAGGAUCCACACAGGAGACAAACCGUAUAAAUGCUUGGAGUGUGGGAGAUGUUUCCAACAAAGUUGGAGCCUCGUGAUUCAUCAGAGGAUCCACACAGGAGAAAAACCAUACCAAUGCUUCGAAUGUGGGAAAUGUUUCCGCCAAAAUUCAGACUUCAUGAUUCAUCAGAGGGUCCACACAGGAGAGAAACCGAUCCACACAGGGGAGAAACCCUACCAGUGUCUAGACUGUGGAAAAAGCUUCCGGGAGAAAUCUCAACUACGUAGGCACUCCAUAGUCCACAAGCGGGAGAUGGGAACCAGGCCCUACACGUGUUCGGAGUGUGGGAAGGGCUUCCGCUGGAAAUCCAACCUCAUUACACAUCAGAAGACCCACAUGGGGGCGAAACCCUUUGGGUGCGCAGAGUGUGGGAAGAGCUACAAUUCCCACAUGAGACUAGUUCAGCACCAAAGAGUCCACACCGCCAGUAACCCGUACACAUGUUCUAGCUGUGGGAAUAGUUUCCGCGACAGCUGGGGGCUGACCAGACACCAGAAGAUCCACACGGGGGAGAGGCCGUACAGCU